UCUGACCAUCAUCUUAUUCUCCAUCGAGACAAAUACUUUAUUCCAGGAGGCUCCAAACUAAAAGCUGCUGCCGGUGCGUUUGGUGACUUCUUGGUCUAUACUUUUGCCAGUACGCGUUUGCGCACGAGUUGCGGCUCUCCAGAACCAUGUGGGGGAUCCAGAGGAGCCGGUUCGCAGGCUGCAACGGCUCCGAUGCCAGUGAAGAAGCGGAGGUCGUGCUGAACAUCGGCGGGGUGAAGCAGGUGUUGCACGGGGACGUGUUGAACCGCUACCCGGAGACGCGACUGGCAGAGCUGGUGGACUGCUCCAGCAAGUCCCCUGAAGAAAUAUCUUUGUUAUGUGACGAUUAUGACUCAGACACAGGAGAAUUUUAUUUUGACAGAGACCCCGAUGCAUUCAAGUGCAUCAUUGAGUUGUAUUAUUAUGGGGAGAUACACAUGAAAAAGGGCAUCUGCCCUAUUUGUUUCAUGAAAGAGAUGGAAUUCUGGAAAAUCGGCUCGGAUUUUCUGGACGAAUGCUGCAAAAGCAACCUGCAAGAGGUAGAGGACGAACUUGCAGAGAUUGCAGAGAAAGUGAGAACUAUCCUGGUGGACCGAGAGGGCGACCCGUCUGCGGGAGGCUGGCAGCGCUUCCAGCUCUCUGUCUGGAGGCUGAUGGAGAAGCCGGAGUCCUCGCUGCCUGCCCACAUCAUCGCUAUAGUUUCAUUCAUCUUCAUCCUCAUCUCCUCUGUGGUGAUGUGUGUUGGGACCAUUCCCGACCUGCAAGUGGAAGACUCUGAGGGUAACCUCACCGAGCACCCAACUCUGGAGAUCAUCGAGACGGUGUGCAUCGGCUGGUUCACCAUCGAGUACCUCCUCCGUCUGAUCUCCUCCCCAAAUCAAAUUAAAUUCUUCUUUUCUUUCAUGAACAUCAUCGACUUCAUGGCGAUCAUGCCCUUCUUCGUGGUACUGAUUCUGACCUCCCUGGGCGCGGGGGUGAUGGAGCUGGCGAACGUGCAGCAGGCGGUGCAGGCUUUACGCAUAAUGCGCAUUGCGCGCAUUUUCAAGCUGGCACGCCAUUCCUCCGGACUCCAGACGCUCACGUCUGCGCUGAAGAGCAGCUUCAAGGAGCUCGGACUUCUCCUCAUGUACAUGGGCGUGGGGGUCUUCCUUUUCUCCGCGCUGGGCUACACCAUGGAGCAGAACCACCCGGAGACUCUGUUCACCAGCAUCCCGCAGUCAUUCUGGUGGGCCGUGAUCACCAUGACCACGGUGGGCUACGGGGACGUGUACCCCAAGACCACUUUAGGUCGGUGUAACGCCGCGAUCAGCUUUCUGUGUGGGGUCAUCGCCAUAGCGCUGCCUAUACACCCGAUCAUCAACAAUUUUGUCUUGUUCUACAACAAGCAACAGGUGCUGGAGACCGCCGCCAAGCAUGAAAUCGAGCUGAUGGCUCUGCGCUCCGGCGACAGCGAGCUGAGAGCUGCUGCGUCCGAGGCGCAUCAGCACGUCUGCCACUCUCUGAGCUCCUGUCACAGCGACACAUACACACCUUUACUGAAGCACCCCAGGGGAGGGCCGGGCAUCCACACCCCGAGCAUGGAAACCAGCUUUGAGAGCACAGCCGAGGCCACUGAAUACUUCAUCUCAUGAACUCACAGGACAAUUGCCUCAUUUCAUAGAAUGAUUCAUAUAUAAUAGUGAUAAUAAUCAUUCAUUUCUGAUCAGAAAAUCUGGGUAAGCGACGGAAUGAUGAUUAGGGAUUGUAAAUAGAGUUUUUUUUCAAUUUUAUUUUAUAGAAAUAAAAGAUCCGCAGUGAUGCAUAAAUGGACAGUUGAGUGAGAUACUGAAUUAAUGAGCUGCGCCAUUGCGCAGCGAGUCCCUGUAUUCUGAGAGGUUCUGUUUGAACAGCCAGAACACGGUUUCCACCAACGAACCAUCUUAUAUAACACCCCCCAAACCCAGAUUUCACACUCAUACUGUAGACUACUCUGUAGCUUGUUCCUCUGUAUAUUUCAGUUUUUUAAAAAUAGGCAUCUUUUCAAGAAAAAAAUACAAAAAUGACAGAUUGGUGUCUGUCAUUUUUGUACAAACAUCCUAAUACUGCGAUGAGGGGACUGUUGCAGCAGAUUUGGCUGCAGGAAACACGAAAGCUGAUUCUUUCUUUAUGUCUGUGCCUAUGAUCGCAUCAAUGUGAUUUGUGUACGUGACUCUGUGUGACUGUAAAGUAAUAUACAACUCUUCUACCGCGCAGAAAGUUUAGCAGAUGUAUGUUUUAUUUGAUCUUUUUGUUAAACUCGAGUUUCCGUUUUAGGGACCGAUAAGAAGCCUCCUAGCCUGCAGGGCAUGCUCUAAUAACGGGUUUAAAUUUUGCAGCAGCCGUCAUCGUCUCUUGAUGUUAAGAGGGAUCAACCUGAAGCUGUGGAUGAAGGAGACCAGCAACAGGCGAGACGGGUGACAGGUGGAAAAUCUGUAAGAAAACCAAAACUGCUGAAACAUUUAUAAAGCUGUCGGAAAGCCUAUCUUCAUGCAUGACUGAUCUACCGGUACUUUAUAUUAAACUUGAAUGCGUGAUGGAUCUUUGAUCAGCCUCCCGGUUUUGAACUGGACCCUAAUUUGGCUUAAUAUUUGUUAUAUUUAAAGGUGAAAUGGUCGCAUUUUUGCAACACAUUGGACAAAUAGAGCAAGCAUUAAUUUGCACAGCAGGAGAGCUACAUUAAAACCUGACAUUUGGUUCAAAUGGUACCUUUAAUGUGUCUUUUAUGGAAAUUUAAAUGAGCUUUUCUUGUUUUUUAGAUGUUAGUGCACAUGCUGUGAGCAGACGUGUAAUGACUGUCACCAUAGAAAAGGCUAAAACAAUAAAGACAUUAAACUGAAUAUGUUCUGAAAAAAACAUUUGUGUUUGUAUGUUUGAGUGCUUAAA